AUGAUGAAAGGAGGCUAUAAUGAUAAAACACGAGACAAACACAUCAGGACAGGAGGCUAUAAUGAUAAAACACGAGACAAACACAUCAGGACAGGAGGCUAUAAUGAUAAAACACGAGACAAACACAUCAGAACAGGAGGCUAUAAUGAUAAAACACGAGACAAACACAUCAGGACAGGAGGCUAUAAUGAUAAAACACGAGACAAACACAUCAGGACAGGAGGCUAUAAUGAUAAAACACGAGACAAACACAUCAGGACAGAAGGCUAUAAUGAUAAAACACGAGACAAACACAUCAGAACAGGAGGCUAUAAUGAUAAAACACGAGACAAACACAUCAGGACAGGAGGCUAUAAUGAUAAAACACGAGACAAACACAUCAGAACAGGAGGCUAUAAUGAUAAAACACGAGACAAACACAUCAGGACAGGAGGCUAUAAUGAUAAAACACGAGACAAACACAUCAGGACAGGAGGCUAUAAUGAUAAAACACGAGACAAACACAUCAGGACAGGAGGCUAUAAUGAUAAAACACGAGACAAACACAUCAGGACAGGAGGCUAUAAUGAUAAAACACGAGACAAACACAUCAGAACAGGAGGCUAUAAUGAUAAAACACGAGACAAACACAUCAGGACAGGAGGCUAUAAUGAUAAAACACGAGACAAACACAUCAGAACAGGAGGCUAUAAUGAUAAAACACGAGACAAACACAUCAGGACAGGAGGCUAUAAUGAUAAACCACGAGACAAACACAUCAGAACAGGAGGCUAUAAUGAUAAAACACGAGACAAACACAUCAGGACAGGAGGCUAUAAUGAUAAAACACGAGACAAACACAUCAGGACAGGAGGCUAUAAUGAUAAAACACGAGACAAACACAUCAGGACAGAAGGCUAUAAUGAUAAAACACGAGACAAACACAUCAGGACAGGAGGCUAUAAUGAUAAACCACGAGACAAACACAUCAGAACAGGAGGCUAUAAUGAUAAAACACGAGACAAACACAUCAGAACAGGAGGCUAUAAUGAUAAAACAAAACAAGAGACAAACACACCAGGGCCAGAGACUAUAACAAUACAACGCAACAAGAGACAAACACACCAGGGCCAGAGACUAUAA